CCUUAGACAAAACAUAUGUUGCAUAUUUUAUAAAAAAAUAAAAUCGUCAUGGCAGAAGAAAAACCUAGACUGCAGUUAGUACGGAAGGUUUAUAAGGGCGUGGCAAUGUUUGAGAAUGAAGUCGAAGAAAUAGAACAAAUGGAUACACGUGAUGAUGAUAUAUGGGUAUGCAGCUUUCCACGCUCAGGAACAACUUUGACGCAAGAGCUGGUACUUCUUAUUGAAACAAGAGACUUCGAAAAAGCAACUACUAGGCAGCUCGAUGAAGUGUUUCCAAUCAUUGAUGUAAAAGAUGACAGAUGCCCAUAUUACAAAGGAAUCAAGUAUAUAGAACAAAUGAGUUGUCCUCGUUUAAUUAAAUGUCAUCUUCACUAUCAUAUGCUACCAGAACAGUUACGUCGAGGCAAAGGAAGAAUAAUUUAUAUAGCGAGGAACCCGAAGGAUUUGGUCACAUCAUUCUACCGGCUUAUGCAAUGGGGAGAUCAACUAGAAGAGGGUGACAAAACGUUCAACCAAUUUAUUGAUGCUUUUGUUGACGGGACCGGUAUUUCCUGCCCGUGGCCAAAGCAUCUUCUAGAGUUCUGGGAGAAAAGGAAAGAUAAAAAUGUUCUUUUCUUAAAGUAUGAAGAAGUUGUUAAGAAUAUGGCAAAUGCUGUGAGACAAAUUUCUGACUUUUUGCACAAGCCGGUGACUGAUGAAGAGGUCGCGAAAAUAUGUGAAUAUUGCAAGUUUGAGACUAUGAAGAAUAAUAACAUGUGUAAUAUGUCAUACCUGAGAGAUUUUAAAUAUGUCAACGACAAUGCUGAAGGUGGUUUCAUGAAUAAAGGGAAGCCUGGAGUGUGGCGUGAGGUACUGACACCGGAAAUAGCCGCGAGGAUUGACGAAAUGGCGCGUGAAUUGGAUGGAUCCGGGCUUGUUUUAGCGGAUUUCUGAUAUUUUUUUUUAUCAAGACCUGUAUCAUGUUACUAUCGUCUCACCUACAUUUGUGACUAACUACGUCCGUAUUAUGUUUCUAACUUAUCAAUGUUACUCUGUACGAUAUUAAUUUCAUACAAAAUAAAAUGGAUAAAAUGGAAAACUUAAAAAAAUGCUCAAAGUGGCAAAAUUGAAAAUAUUGCAGGCACAGUUUGAUUGCGUCUGUUCUUGGAUCAUAGUUAUUUACAAACUACCCUUUAUGCCCCCUAACACCGACUCAAGAGAACUAAACAACUUUAAAACAAACAUUCGUAUUACAUUGUGUAUAUGAUUUUUGAUCAAGGAAUCUUUAAUGUCUUACAUUCGAGUUAUUACUACGGAUUUAUUACAAUAUAUCACAAUCAAAUCGAGAAAUACAACAUAUCAAAAUAAUAAUGACAUUCAUGUAAUAUUCCGUGACUGUAUAGUUGCUGUUCAAGUUGUUCUUCUGAUACUUAUAUUUCUAUAAAAAAUAACAUGCCUUACCAUGCUUACAUCUUUAAUGGACCUGUCAUCCGUUCAAUCAGGAGAUAACCAUUCAGCAUUUAAAUUUGCGGGAAACGUUUAGAAUAUGUAAUGACUGAAUAUCGAACAGUACAGACCCUGGUCAGACAGCAAGGGUGUACCGGUUGAUCUUGGUCUCCAUGGUUGCAUGGCGAGAAUUGUUUGGUGCCAGCGGGCUAAGGCUUAAUAAUAAUGUUAUCUGUUCACAAGCAAUUGUUGCAUAUGUUGUUGGUAAAUGAACUAAUACAACGUCUAUAUUUUUGACAAAUAAAGAAUAAAAUAUGGCUAGAAAACUCUCCGAUCUAGAAAGCAAUAGAUAUUCAGGUAAAGAGUAAAACUAAAUUAACAUAUACUUACAAGGUCCGUCAAAAAUAUCCGAAUCACUAUUCACCAUUUAUAUGACUUGAUGGUAAUAUUCAUAACAAUUGUUGCAGGUUAUGUCAUAGGGUAUAUAUAUUUAUUACAUAGUACUGGCAAAUGUUUAUUAACCGAUACUUAACCUAUACUUCAAGUAAACUUUCCGAGAUCAUAUCGUUUUGAAAUACACACAUAUUAUGCAAAUAGCAAAUUAUAUCAGUUCUGAAUAAUACUCUUUCAGGGUCUCAUAUUCAGUUGUUGUUAUUGAAAUUAUUACUUCUUUUCGCUGAAUUUGAUUAAAUUUUGCACGUGUCAAUAACCAAUCAUAACUCAUUUCCCCUUUCUUCGCCAUUAUUUAAAACAAUAACAAAGCCAUUUUGUGCUAUAAAAUAUCAUACAAUUUUCUGUAUUUAUUCAUUUAUAUCAUUACAAGUAUUAAUGUUUUUGUGUAUCUAUUAAUUCUAAUGAAUCAUGUUUGUCAGUUAAUGUAAUAUUGGGUAUUUAAUUAAAUAAUGAC